AAGCGACAUCUAUUCCCGCUAAAUUUUGUCAACACAGAAAUUGGAUAUGUUUUGAUCAAAUAUCUCAUUAUUGUCCCAUGCAUUUCAAACCGAUUUAUUAUUAGGUUGAAGGACUAAACGUAGCCAAUAUGCCUGGCUACCUCAAGUUUAUCGAUGUGGACAAUUUCAAGUCGUACAAGGGCCGUCAAAGAAUCGGUCCGUUCAAGCCGUUCACUGCAAUAAUUGGGCCAAAUGGAUCAGGAAAGUCUAAUUUGAUGGAUGCUAUAAGUUUUGUUCUUGGUGAGAAAACAACAAAUUUAAGAGCAAAGAAACUAAAUUCUUUAAUCCAUGGAGCCCCGAUUGGUCAACCAGCAUCAAACAAGGCCUCAGUGUCAGCUGUAUAUAUGGAUACAGAAGCUAAUGAUGAAAUAGUUUUUACCAGAAUUAUCCACAAUAAUACUUCAGAACACAAAGUCAAUGGAAAUAAUGUAUCUUCAGCUGAAUAUGCAGCUGAGUUGGCUAAGAUUGGAGUAUUAGUCAAAUCUAAAAACUUCUUGGUGUUCCAAGGUACUGUGGAAAGUAUUGCUAUGAAAAAUGCUAAGGAGAGGACAGCCAUGUUUGAAGAAAUUAGUAGAUCAGGAGAGUUAAAGGAUGAGUAUGAUAAAGCGAAGACUGAAAUGUUAAAAGCUGAAGAAGACACUCAGUUUAACUAUUUUAAAAAGAAAGGUAUUGCUGCUGAGAGGAAGGAAGCCAAGAUGGAGAAAGAUGAAGCUGAAAGAUAUCAACGACUGAAGGAACAAUUGUGUGAAAAAGAAUUAGAACUGCAACUGUUCAGGUUAUACCAUAACGAACGAGAUAUUGAAGAAAUUAACGAAGAAUUGGGAAGGAAAAACCAUGCCCUGGAAAAAGAAAAUAGAAAAAGAGACAAAAUUGAGGAUGAGGUGAAAGAUAAGAAAAAAGAACAGGGCAAAAUGAGUCGAGAAUUAACCAAAAUUGACCAGAACAUUAAGGAAUUGGAAGUAGAGAUGAACAAGAAAAGACCACUCUACAUCAAAGCUAAAGAGAAAACAGCUCAUAUGAUUAAAAAACUAGAAUCAGCUAAAAAAUCAUUAAAACAAGCCAGAAAGACUCAUGACAAUCAUGAAGAAGAGAUUCAAACCUUAGAAAAUGAAUUAGAAGAAAUCGAAAGAAAACGACAAGAAUUUGAAGAAAAGAUCGAAGAAGAAUCUCAAAGUCAAGGUCGUUCCUUACAGCUAGAAGAAACACAAGUAACAGAAUAUCAAAGACUAAAAGAAAAGGCUGGUAAACUAUCAGCUAGAUAUCUACAAGAACUAGACUCGAUUAAUCGUGAACAGAAAUCAGAUCAAGAUCGAUACGAUAAUGAAGUCAGAAAGAAGAAUGAAAUAGCAGCUAAACUCAAACAGAAAGAACACGAAAAAGAAGAAAAUUUAAAACGAGUUGAUAAACUCAAUGAUUAUAUUAAGACGAGUUCACAAGCUAUAUCUGAACAGAAGAAAAUAGAAGAAGAAUUAGGAUAUGAUGUAGAAACAGCUAAUUCUAGGAUAACAGAAAUUAACGUUGAGUUAUCUUCUGUAAUAGAACAGCUUGGAGAAGCUAAGGUUGAUAAACAUGAGUCGGCUAGAGCCAUGAAAAAAGCUGAAUUACUGGACAAUUUAAAACGUCUUUUCCCAGGAGUGCAUGGUAGACUGAUUGAUCUGUGUGAACCAAGUCACAAAAAAUAUCAAGUUGCUAUCACUAAGGUUUUGGGUAAAUACAUGGAUGCUAUAGUAUGUGAUACAGAGAAAACAGCUAAAGAUUGUAUUCAGUACAUGAAGGAACAAAGAAUUGAACCUGAAACAUUUUUACCUUUAGAUUACCUGGAUGUUAAACAGGUCAACGAGAAACUCAGAGAUAUAAGAGAACCUAAGAAUGUGAAGUUAGUUAUAGAUGUUAUAAGAUAUGAUCCACCAGUUAUUAAAAAAGCUCUACUCUUCGCUUGUGGUAACGCUCUGGUCUGUGAAACUGUGGAAGAUGCUAGACGGGUUGCUUUUGGUGGCCACGAAAGACACAAGUCUGUGGCGCUAGAUGGUACAUUGUUCCAGAAGUCUGGAGUUAUCUCUGGUGGUGCCAGUGAUUUGAAAGCGAAAGCUAGAAGAUGGGAUUCUAAGAUGUUAACUCAACUAAAAACCAAGAAAGAGAAACUGUCUGAAGAAUUAAAAGAACAGUUGAAGAAGAAACGUAAAGAAUCAGAAUUGAAUACGAUAAGAUCACAGAUCAAAGGUUUAGAAACCAGAUUGAAGUAUUCUCUGACUGAUAGAGACAACACAUUGAAUAAACAUCUAACACAGAAUGACCGAGAUCUACAGCAGUAUAAUGAUAUGAUGGUCUCUUUUGACCCGAGGAUGUUAGAGAUAGACCAGGUGAUGACAGAACGAGGUGAUAAAAUUAAACAGUUAAAAGAUAAAAUGAACAGAGUAGAAGAUGAAGUCUUCAGUGAUUUCUGUCAACAGAUUGGUGUAGCCAAUAUCAGACAGUAUGAAGAGCGUGAAUUGAGAGUACAACAAGACCGAGCCAAGAAAAGACUGGAAUUUGAAAACCAGAAGUUUAGACUUCAGAAUCAAAUUGAGUUUGAAAAAUCACGAGAUACAGCAGAAAAUGUAUCAAAAUGGGAGAAGACUGUACAAGAUGAUGAAAAAGAACUAGAAAAGGUUAAGAAAGAAGAGGCUAAACAAAUGAAAGUAAUUGAUGAAGAUAUGCAGAAUACAGAACGUUUAAAACAACAGAAAAUAACAGUAAAAUCUCAGAAUGAUGAUAUAGAUGGUACAAUCAGUGAAAUACGUAAACGACUAGGCGUACAAAUUAAAGAAAUAGCUUCUAUACAGAAAGCUAUCACUGCCCUAGAAACCAAGCUAGAACAAAAACGUGCAGAUAGACACAGCCUCCUGAAAACUUGUAAGAUGGAUGACAUCCGUCUACCAAUGAAAAGAGGCCGUAUGGAUGACAUCACCCAAGAGAACGAACCAUCCAGCCAUGCUGAGAGUGAAACACCAGAUAGUUUAAACAGUCAGGGAGCGAAGGCAAUAUACCAACGUGAAGCGAACAUUGUGUUAGACUAUAGCUCUCUUAAUGAUGACUAUAAAGAGUUGGACCAUGUUGAUGAUGUAAAGAAGACCCUAGAUUCAUUGAUGAAAGCCUGUUCUGACAUGCAUACAACUUUACAGAGAAUUAAUGCACCAAAUAUGAAAGCCAAUGAAAAAUUAGAUUCUGUUAGGUUUAAAUUCAAUGAAACCUCAGAAGAAUUUGAAACAGCCAGAAAAAGAGCUAAAAGAGCCAAACAAGCUUUUGAAAGAGUUCGAAAAGAACGUUAUGAUAGAUUUAUGAAAUGUUUUGAACAUGUUUCAAACCAAAUAGACGAUGUUUAUAAGGAUUUAUCCAGAAAUCAGAGUGCUCAAGCUUUAUUAGGACCAGAGAAUCCAGAAGAACCCUAUUUAGAUGGAAUCAACUAUAAUUGUGUAGCGCCUGGUAAACGGUUCCGACCCAUGGAUAACUUAUCUGGCGGUGAAAAGACAGUUGCUGCCUUGGCUUUACUCUUCUCUAUACAAAGUUAUCAACCAGCACCAUUUUUCGUUCUGGAUGAGAUUGAUGCAGCUUUAGAUAACACUAACAUUGGGAAGGUAGCGGCCUAUAUUCGGGAACAAUCAGAGAAAAACUUCCAGUGUAUUGUCAUCAGUUUAAAAGAAGAGUUUUAUAACCGUGGUGAUGCUUUGAUUGGAAUUUACCCAGAGAUUGGUGAUUGUAUAAUCAGUAACGUGCUGACUCUAGAUCUUACAGAAUAUCCUGAU